UACCGUCUGAAAGCGGCUAGAUCCAGCAAACGCGUAAUCGUCGAGGCCCAGUGCUUCCCUCGUAUCAGUGAAGACCGUCAGCUGCGCAGUGUCUUGACCUGUCCAGAUCUGGCUGCCUGUCGCUUGUGGCCUGCAGCCCCGGACAGUACCUCGUGCUAUAUACUAUUCAGCCAGUCUGUGCCUCUCAACGGACAAGAUGGCAUCACCGGUGGCAGAUUUAGAGGCAGGGUUGAGUUACAUGCAAAGUCUCAAGCCCCCAGGAGUGUCUGGUACUCGCAUUGCGUCCUUGACUGCACUAUGUGUCGACAACGUUCAAUCUGAAUCAGUACUCAUUCAGAAGAUCUACACUCAUUUCAAAAAGGCUCCAGGCACACAUAAGUUGGGCGUACUCUAUGUGGUGGACUCUGUAACCCGACGAUGGAUUGAGCAAGCCAAACAAAGCGGCCAGCAGAUCAAUAGUUCUGCCCCCGACGGCACUUAUGCCGCAGGAGUGCAUCGAGUGACAGAACUCAUUCCCGUGCUGAUGAACGAUAUCGUACAAACUGCUCCGUCUGAACAAAAGGAGAAGAUAAGAAAACUAGUCGAUAUUUGGGACAAGGGACAGACCUUUCCUGCCCCGAUGGUAGAGUCCUUCAAACAGAAGCUCCAAGCUUCCGUGCAACCGCAAGAGUCUACAACGCCUCCCGGCAGUCCUCCCCCUGGGCCUGGACUACCAGGUCUGGGUGAAAUUAAGCCUACUUCGCAGGCACCUCCCAAUGCAAUCCUGGCAGCUCUAUCGAACCUGGCGCGUCAGCAUCCAGCCUCGACGGCCCCAGCCAGCACUUCAGCUCCUGCCAAUGCCUACAGCAUCCCCCCAACGCAGCCAUAUACUCAGACCCAGAGCCAGACACCUGUCUCUUUUCCACCUGUGCCACCGCCAGUCAGCAUUCCGGGCAUGCCCUUCCCGUUCCCACAGCUGGGACAGGCUCCUGCAGUAAACCCAAGCAGUCAGCCCCCGAGUUUUCCAGGAAUUACGCCGGGCAUGCCUCCACCCGUGGUGCCUCCGCCCGUGUCGGGCGCCAUGGACACCAACCUGCAGCAGCAGGUCAUGCUAAUCAAACUCCUUGCUGAUCAAGGUGUCCCACUGGACAAGAUACCAGCUAUCGUCGCUGCCAUGCAGAACAACCAAGCUCCUAGUGUGCCGGCUGCUGCCCCGCCAGUAUCGGCGCCACAAGGACCAGCGGCGACAUACGGGCAAGGUACUUGGGGACCAGAUCGCCAGGCGCGAUCACCCGAAAGAUACCGGAAUAGAUCCAGAUCACGAUCGCCUGGCCGGCAAUGGGACUCUCAAAGAUCACCACGGGGACCACGAAACGGCCAUGGUAGCAGUUCCGAUCGGCGUUCCCCGGAUCAGGGGCGAGGACAGCACGGCCGAGACAACUAUCGGCAACGAAGUCCGCCUGGCCGCCACGGCAGAAGCCCAAGUCCUCAUCGGAACUCACAAAGCGGCCCGUCGACUGAGAAAUGGGUUGACUAUGACCGGUCGAUCCCACAGGGCAGCAUCAAAGUAUUGAGUCGCACUCUCUUCGUCGGAGGAGUCACAGUCCCCGAGAGCGAGUUACGCAGCAUCUUCAGCAGGCACGGCACUGUACAGACCUGCAUCGUCAACAAAGACAAGCGGCACGCCUUCGUCAAAAUGGUGAACCGUCGAGAUGCAGUCGCUGCGAAGGAGGCGAACGAGACGGGGCCUUUUCGGACGAGAUGGGGAGUUGGCUUUGGCCCCCGUGACUGCAGCGACUAUCAGACAGGCGUCAGUAUCAUACCGAUCGCCCGGCUGACUGAGGCUGAUCGAAAGUGGAUGCUCACCGCCGAAUAUGGAGGCAGUGGCGGCCGCCCGAUCGAGAGCGGACUCGUCGUCGAGGAGCCAGAUAUCGAGAUUGGAGCUGGCGUCUCGUCUAAGGCUAUCAGUCGGCGCAUGCAGACGGACAAGAGUGGCCGUCACGGACCCAAAUCAUCACAUGACGACCAGGAAGACGAUGGGCAACGGUGGCGGAGGAACCGAGAUGGGCGCCGUGACGACCGUGACAACCCGAACCACAUGCCACCUGGCCAGGGAGCUGGUUCUAAUUUUCCCUUCGGGAUACCCACCGGUGCCAACGGCAUGCCAAUGUUUCCGCCUGGGUUCAGCUUCCCAGCCCCUCCUGGACAAUAGUGCUCUACAUGAUGGGAUUGGUGAUCGAGGAGAAGGCCAUUUCUUUGGUAAGUGUCAUUAGUUCGGCACGAGCAACGAAUGGCAACCAUACUGGGUGGAAUGGGAGAGUCUCGGUCGAGGUGCAGGGGUCACCUUUGCAUGAAUAGCGGCCACGGUUUUUGUCACGUUUGCAUUCGAGGCCCAGGAAAAGAAAAACACACAGGGUGCAUUCUUUGUUCAUAGUUUCGGCGUUUCGAUAACGU